AUGGAAGCCAUUAUUCACUGUUUUACUAUCACUUCCCUUCACUUUAUUGACCAUUUUUCUUCAUUGGAAUCGACGAAUGAAUUAGGAGGACAAUACAUUCUCAAUGAUGCAUCAAUCUUCACUACGUUAGCAAAGGAGAAUGACAGUCACAGAACAGAUUACGUACAAUGGUUUAUAAAAUGGGAGGAAAAGCGCCGUCUUAUCUUCCAUCUUUCUUUCCCACUAUAUUAGAAGCUUGACUUGUUUGACUUGUUCUCUGUUUCUCUCUCCCCAAGCUUGCUAUUUUUAAACACCUAAGCAGGUCGAGCAUGUCCAUGAAUGUCACCGAGGAGACUCAUGCCGAUUUCUCAGGACUAUAUUGGUAUCAGAAGCCCAAUCUCCAGCGCUAAAUCUGCCCCCCUUUUUUUCUUGAUUCAUUUGGAAUGAGGAAGCCCAUGUUGCCGGUACUCACGUUUGAGCGUUUAAUUUGUCAAGUCCAAGUUGGGCAUGCCCAUGAUCAACGAGAACUCAAUAAGAGACGCCUCGUGUGAUUAUUCAACAGAUAUUAACCACUGAAACUGGCACUCCGACUAGGUCUACCUGGAAUUCCUGAUCCUUUCAGGUUCCUUUCAAAUGCCGACUACCUGGUUUUACACCAUAUUUUAAUUAAAUAAAUCCUUUCCUAGUGAGUUUAUUAUUGUGUUUCAUAAAACGAAUUUAGUCCGAUAACCCUGCCAUAUCACGGUAUCUAGCAGCUCUCUAUACAUCUAUCUAUUUAUUCAUCUAUCUACACACACACAUUCAUGUUAGUGUGUUCAGCUGAGGCUCAUUUUUUAGCUUAAUUGAAUCAGUUUCUUGUACCAACCUUAAUUUUGCUAACAUUUGAUUACGCAAUUGAUCGUCGUAGAUUGAUCCUUUUCUGUGUAUUUAUAAUCUCUGCACCCAGGUUCACCGGUGACAAGAUGGGCCGCCGUAGCUUUCGGUGCUGGGAUCGGUUUAGGAUCGGCCUACACCGAGUGCUCUUACAUAUUUGAAGGGUCAGCUGGAAAGGAAUCACCUUCAAGCCCACCCGUCCCCCCUGCUUCGUUUCAUGUAAGUUCCUCGCUUCCCGCACCCCUUUCUAAUGGCUGCAUCGUUAUGUAUACAUAUAACUAUGUGCAUCUAGAUAUAUCAUAUGUGUGCCUCUAUGUAUUUAUCCAAAGUUCUUGAGGCUCAUGGAAAAUGAGAAAGAUCAUGGAAGGUAGAGAGGCCUGCAUUUGGGGCUUAAAGAGAGAAUAGAGAGAGAAAGAGGGCAGUCCGUGAUCAGCAAGUCUUAGAAAGGGAAGAAGGAUAAAAUUUGACAGAUAACCCGUUUUUCAAGUGCUUUCUAAUGAAGGAUAAUAAUUGCCGCGGGAUCAAAAGGUGCUCUGUUGGUUCCCAUUUUUUUCCAUUUUUCGCCAGCUGAAUCCACCCUCGGUCUUCCUUUCUUCGCAGGAGGGAGAGAAACCGAGCGAUGAAUAG